AAAGGUGUCAAAUCUUGAUUUGACGUUAGUGAAAUUAUUCCGGUAGUGAAGUUGUGUUUAUACUUAAUUUAAUGCAAAAAUUGCGUUUAAAAAUUAGAAAAUGAAUGCCCCACCAACCUUUGAAUCUUUUUUAUUGUAUGAAGGCGAAAAGAAAAUUAUAAAAGAGUUGGAUACAAAGGUUACAAAUGCCGCAAUAUUUACAGUCAACAAGGAAGAUCACACACUGGGCAACAUGAUUAGGAACCAACUUCUGAAAGAUCCUAACGUUCUUUUUGCUGGUUACAAAGUACCUCAUCCAUUGGAGCACAAGUUUGUAAUCCGGAUUCAAACUACUUCCGAUUACUCACCUCAUGAAGCUUUUAUGAAUGCUAUAACUGAUUUGCUUGCUGAACUCUCUUUAUUUGAGGAACGAUUUAAGGAGGCUAUUAAGGAAAAAAAAGAAGGUGGCGAUUAAACAACACAUGAAGCGAUCUAGUCUUAACUGCAUUCUAAUAAAAAUUACUUUAAGACAAACUAUUUAAAACUUAAGUUUCAUGUGUACACAUUUAUACCAAUAUUUCUGUGUACUUAUGUAUAUUCAAAGAAAAAAAUAAAUAUAUGCCAAGAAAUCAUCAUUUGAGGAAUUUUAGCCUUCGUGUCUGGUUGAAUCAGUGAAAUGAAAGUAUUGCUUUGAAUAAGAGAAUCAAUUUAAUUUUAUUAUCCCAUAUGGAUUCCAAAAAGAAAUAGUUCCAUAUUAUUUAAUAAAUUUGUUAUCUAUCUAAUUGAAGUUUGUAUACAUCUUCUAAUUACGCCUAAUUAAAAUAUAGUAACAUAUCGACAAAUAACUUUUUGGAAAUUGUAUUCAAUAGCAGCGUAAGAGAUAUUGUUUCAACAGUAAAGUAAGUUGUUCAUGAAUACACUUCCGAUUUGUACCACCUUA